GUCGACGAAUUUAACACACAUAAUUUUUAAGGAUGCCCAAAAAUGGUUAGAGUCAAGCCGUUCUUCCGGUUCACUUCCGGUUUCCACGUCUCGCUUCUGGCACGAGCACGUUUGCAGCUGCAGCCAUUUCUGCUCAAAUUCACACACUUUUAUAACUUCUCGAGUCUCAGCGAAUGUUCGCGAUCUUAGCUGAUGAUUUAGUUACCUAGUUAAGCAGGUACUUCACGUCUUGUUUGAAUCGAGAGCAGUGCUGGUGUAGUAUCGUCCUGCACACGUCGAGUGUGAGUAUGUGUUGUUGGAGACACUGAUGAUGGAGAGAGAUCUACUCCGACAGUCUGUGUCCUAUCAUGGGGACAGUCUGCUGUCACUGUUAAAGUGCGAGCAAAGCGAGAACCCAGACUUUAAACAUGUGGCUGCUGAUCUCUCCAAAACUAUCAAUCAAAGGGAUAAAGAAGAAGUGAGUCCUGUUCUGGAGCAGUUCAUAGCAAGGAAAGCUGAUCUUCUGUUUGCAGCAUCAUGGAAAACCUCUACACCUGCAGAUGAAUGGCAGGAGGAACCUGGAGAGGCGUACGCCGUCAUGCCUCCGCUGGAGCAGUUCAUGGGGGUGUGUUUUGAGGAGAGACGUGAGCUCUUCUACAGGGACGUGGAGCGAGGAGACAUGCUUAUCGGAAGAAUCAAUUCAGUGCGAGACUUCGGCUUGUUCGUAACUCUUCUCUGCACUGCUGGAGGACUGGAGCGAGAUAUCGAGGAUCUGGAGAUAAAGGCCCUCUGUCCAUUAAGAGAAGUUCCUUCUACUGGAAAUCACGAUGAUCCUCUGUCUUACUACCAAAUUGGGGAUUUGAUUCGAGCUGGGGUGAAGGACAUUGACCGCUAUCACGAGAAGCUGACCUUAUCACUGUUUUCAUCCUCACUGGCUCUUCACUUGGAUAAAGUUAAGCUGGGAGUCAUAAGCAAAGAAGAUCUUCCUCUUCAUUAUAUCCGUGGUGAAAAGGUGGUCGCAGACAGCAGCCAGACGUAUGAGAAGCUCUUGGAGAGCUCUCUUGGUUUGUCCAACCCUUUAAAUGUGCACUUUCUCCUUGGGAAGCUGGGAAUAAGUGAUACACAAACUCCUUCACUCAUGAGGGGCUUGCAGAGUAAACGCUUCAAGGAAGAUGAUUUUGCAACAGCUAUUCGGAAGAAACAGUCGGUGUCCUGGGCCUUGAAAUGUGUUAAAGCUGGUGUUGACCAUUUCAAAUCGGGUCGUCAUGUAGAAGCAAUGAAUGAGUACAACAAGGCCUUAGAGAUCGACACAAACAAUGUGGAGGCUCUUGUGGCACGUGGAGCUCUAUAUGCAACCAAAGGAAGCUUGAUAAAAGCUAUCGAUGACUUUGAACUGGCGUUGGAGAACUGCCCCACACACAGGAAUGCUAAGAAAUACCUCUGCCAGACACUGGUGGAAAGAGGAGGACAACUUGAAGAGGAAGAAAAGUUGGUGACUGCUGAGGGUCUCUACAAAAGAGCCACCGUGUUAGACGACACGUUUCAAGAGGCUUCAGAAGCCUUGGCGAAACUUCAGUUACGUAUCCAGAAAUCGCUUAAACUGAAAGAACAGGAAGCUGCCAAAGAGCAGGAAAAAACUAAGACUGUGGAAACAAGCGCAGAGAAAUUGCGUAAGAUCCUAAAAGAAGAGAGAAGAAUGAAGAAGAAAAGGAAGCGGUCGACCUCUUCCUCUACAUCCUCUGAUACGUCCUCAACUACGAGCGAAGACUCGCCUGCAUCGAGUCGCAAAAAAUCGAAGAAACGGAAACACAAACGCCGGCGCUCAUCUCACAGCAGUAAGAAACACAAGAGGAGAGAGUCGUCUUGUAGCGAUAAAACGGUGGAAGAUGAUUGGUUUCCAGCUCCUGCUAACACGUCCGCUUCAUACAUCAACCAGAAGCAAUCCAUAAGCAAACUCAUCAGCGAAGGAGAACCGUCUUGGGGCAAAAGCCGACACGAAGACGGCAGAGGUAGGUUAGAUGAUGCUAUCGACAGAAGCCUGGAGAACGUCAAGUAUGGAGCCCAGCCUGAAGAGUCUAGACUGGGACGUCCUGAAGUGAACGGCCAAGCUACAGAUCAACACAGAAACCGGAGGGAUUCUUCCUCCUCAACCCAGUCCGAAUAUUCCCUCAAAUCUGAUCGACACUCCAAGGAAUUUUCCUUGCAAGGCAGAAAACGUUGUGAAUCGGAACGAGGCGGGAAUGAAAAGAUGGAUCGAGCGGAGAGAAAUAGUCAAGAUCAAGAAGACCGCGGGAAGUCUUCAGGUGUAACCCUGAAAAAAGAUGUCCCUUCCGACUUGUUUAACAUUUUCAGUCAAAUUGCUGAAUUUGAGAAGGAAAAAAAGCUGAAGAAGUAAGAGUUGCUCUUCGUGGCUGUGAGGAGUAACACUAGUAGUGCUUUCAUUACUAGAACUAGCAGGUUUAACCCUCAAGUAUAGUGAUUGAAAUAUAUAUGAUAGUUAAUGAUGAACUUGAUCAGAACUGUUUAUUUUCAUAAUUUGGGAGAGAGCCUGCCUAUAAAAACUGCCAAGCAAAGCCAAAAUUUGUGAGGUGGAUGAUGCCUCGGUGUUAUAAUUUGCAUUCAGUAUAAUGUCAGUGUUCAAAUAAAUGAAUGUAAUGGUCA